GCCGGCUUCCGCUCUCACGUUAGGGGCGAGUCAGUCGCCUGCCUUGUGGCGCCGGCGAGAGUCGCUCACUGGGGCAGCCGCAAACUUUUGGGCUUCUUAAUGUGGCGCAGGGCAAUUGCGCGGCUGCAAUAAGUCGCCGCCGUUUCAGUAUUUGCAACAGGCCCGAUUGAUUUGGAAGGUUAUUGUUGAUGGGAAACGCGCGGUUUUUGCAACAAAUGCAGUAGUAAAAAGUGAGCGUUGCUCUAUCAUAUGAAUUGAACUGAGGUUUAAGGGGGAGAGCCAGCUAAAUUCACCAGCGGCUACAUUGCAGAGUUUCCAGCCGACAAAAAGCCUUGCAGAUUAUUCUUCCCAAACCCCAACGAUGCUUUGCAAACUUCUCCAGCGGUACUGAAAGCCUGGGUAUGGAGCAGGGGUGCUGAUUCCCCCUACCUGUGGGUGACGGAUCGGAAUCGGUUCCGCCAGACAACCGAAUGCCGGCGGCACUCCUGGACACGUAAUUCUGGACAUUGUAGAGAGAACGGCGGAGCAGGGGGUUUAAAAAAGGAAGAAAAAUAAAGGACUGGGCGAAAAUGUCAACCCCCACCAGGUACAAGAAGGAUAAAGAGAUUAUAACCGAGUAUGAGACGCAAGUAAAGGAGAUCCGGGCUCAGUUAGUCGAGCAGCUGAAAUGUUUGGAGCAACAGACGGAGAUGAGGGUUCAACUCCUUCAGGACCUCCAGGAUUUCUUCCGCAAGAAGUCGGAAAUUGAAAUGGAGUAUUCCCGAAAUCUGGAGAAGCUGGCUGAACGAUUCAUGGCGAAAACUCGCAGCACAAAGGACCAUCAGCAGUACAAGAAGGACCAGAAUCUUCUGUCCCCAGUAAAUUGUUGGUACUUACUGCUGAACCAAGUCAGAAGAGAAAGCAAGGACCAUGCCACCUUGAGUGACAUCUAUCUGAACAAUGUCAUCAUGCGUUUUAUGCAGAUUAGUGAGGACUCCACAAGACUCUUCAAAAAGAGCAAGGAGAUCGGGUUCCAGCUGCAUGAAGACUUAAUGAAGGUUCUCAACGAGCUGUACACGGUCAUGAAGACGUACCACAUGUACCACACCGAGAGCAUCAGCGCUGAGAGCAAGCUGAAAGAGGCCGAGAAGCAGGAGGAGAGGCACAUCGGCAGGGACCCUGUCUUCAGCAUGCGAUUGGAGGAGAAGCACCAGAGGCGGAGCUCGGUGAAGAAGAUGGAGAAGAUGAAGGAGAAGCGCCAAGCCAAAUACUCUGAGAACAAGCUGAAGUCCAUCAAAGCACGAAAUGAAUAUCUGUUGACACUGGAGGCAAGCAACAACUCGGUGUUCAAAUAUUACAUCCACGAUCUUUCCGAUGUAAUCGAUUGCUGUGACCUGGGCUAUCAUGCUAGCUUAAACAGAGCCUUGAGGACGUUUCUCUCUGCAGAGUACAACCUGGAGACCUCCAGGCACGAGGGUCUGGAUAUCAUAGAGAACGCGGUGGACAACUUGGACCCUCGCAGUGACAAGCAGCGGUUCAUGGAGAUGUAUCACACUGCUUUCUGCCCUCCUGUCAGAUUUGACUUCCAGCCACACAUGGGAGAUGAGGUGUGCCAGGUGAGCGCUCAGCAACCUGUGCAAGCAGAGCUGAUGCUCAGGUAUCAACAGCUGCAGUCCAGACUGACAACGCUGAAGAUUGAAAAUGAGGAGGUUAAAAAGACAAUGGAAGCCACCCUCCAAACAAUCCAAGACAUGGUGACCAUCGAGGAUUAUGACGUCUCUGAGUGCUUCCAACACAGUCGGUCGACAGAGUCCGUCAAGUCCACUGUAUCAGAAACCUACAUGAGCAAACCCAGCAUCGCUAAGAGGCGAGCCAAUCAGCAAGAGACUGAGCAAUUCUACUUCAUGAAGUUCAAAGAAUACCUUGAAGGCAGCAAUCUCAUCAUGAAGCUACAAGCCAAACAUGACUUGCUUCACCACACCCUGGGAGAAGGACAGAAAAGUGACUUCAUAACCACAAGGCCUCCAAAUGUACCCCCUAAACCUCAGAAAGCUCGGAAGUCCAGACCCCGGUCAGAGUAUAAUGCUAAGUUGUUUAAUGGGGAUUUGGAAACAUUCGUCAAGGAUUCAGGACAAGCCAUUCCCCUCAUUGUUGAAAGUUGCAUCCGAUUUAUCAACCUCUACGGACUUCAACACCAGGGGAUCUUUCGAGUGCCCGGCUCGCAGGCUGAGGUCAACGACAUCAAAAACUCAUUUGAACGAGGUGAGGAUCCUUUGGCAGAUGGACAAGACAACCAUGAUAUUAACUCAGUUGCAGGAGUUCUGAAGCUCUAUUUCAGAGGACUGGAAAACCCACUGUUUCCUAAGGAAAGAUUUAAUGAACUCAUUCCUUGCGUGCGAAUAGAGAGCCUGUAUGAGCGAGCUCUUCACCUCCGCAAGAUCCUGCUCACGCUCCCACGCUCCGUCAUCGUAGUCAUGAGAUACCUCUUCUCCUUUCUGAACCACUUGUCUCAGUUCAACGAUGAAAACAUGAUGGAUCCCUACAACUUGGCCAUCUGCUUCGGCCCAACACUGAUGCCGGUUCCAGAGACACAAGACCAGGUGUCCUGCCAGCCCCACGUGAACGAGUUAAUCAAAACCAUCAUCAUCCACAACGAGCUGAUUUUCCCAGAUUCCAAGGACCUGGAAGGACCCGUGUAUGAGAAGUGCAUGGCUGGCGAUGACUAUUGUGACAGUCCGUACAAUGAACAUGGGACGUUGGAGGAGGUUGACCUGGAUACAGGUGCCGAGACCCACACCAGUGAAGACGAGGGUGAACCCAUCGAAGCAAUAGCCAAAUUCGACUACGCUGGGAGGUCUGCUCGAGAGCUGUCAUUUAAGAAAGGAGCUUCGUUGCUUCUGUAUCACCGAGCUUCAGAGGACUGGUGGGAGGGGCGGCAUAAUGGGGUUGAUGGCCUUGUACCCCACCAGUACAUCGUGGUGCAAGACACGGAUGACGCCUUCUCCGACACGCUGAGCCAGAAAGCCGACAGUGAAGCCAGCAGUGGGGCCGCCACGGAAGACAAGUUGUCCUCAAAGAAUGACAUCAGCUCUCCAACUGACCGCAUUCCAGAUGUUUACGCAGCAAGGCAGAAGAAGAGGUCAGAGCUCCCAGCCAGCAGGCGCCCGUUGAGAACCAGUGACGGCCACUGUACGGUGCACCCGAUGCAUGGCUUAGUAAGUAGCUCAGGGGAGAGUAGCCCGUUGGUCACGCCUUCCCACGCCACCUCCCGCCUUUUCCUCCAGAAUCGCAGCGUCACGGUUGACAGUCCAGAGCGCCGCCAUCGAGGGGGUAUUUCCAACAUUAGCCGUCACGAGGGUGUCAAAAAGAUUGAGAGUCCGCCAAUCAGAAGGUCUACAUCCUCGGGUCAAUACACCAGCUUCAGUGAGCAUAAACCUCUGGACCCCGAAACAAUUGCUCAGCAGGACAUCGAAGAGACAAUGAACACGGCACUGAAUGAGCUGCGGGAGCUGGAGCGCCAAAGCACGGCCAAGCACGCGCCAGACGUGGUCCUCGACACGCUGGAGCAGAAGAAAAGCAGCCUGGCCUCGGACUCUCGGAGUCCCCACCACGCCACGGCGUUGCCCAAGAGCACCGAGCCGUCCAUUCGGCGGAGCACCAGUUCUUCCAGCGACCCUGUGAGCACUUUCAAGCCCGUCCUGUCGCCUCGGAUGGGGGUGCAGCUCAAGCCCCCUGCCCUUCGGCCCAAACCUGUGGUUUUACCCAAAACCAAUCCCAGCGUCGGACCACCUCCAACAGUUCAGUCCUCCACAGACAAAUCCUGCACCAUGUAAAGUAUGUUAGCCCAGCUCACGGGCUGGUAUUGAUAUCAUUCUUUGGAUCAACAACACUGGCAAGGAUAAAGCCAGGAAUAUUGAUAUUUUAAUGUUUAUAAUUGGAGAUGUAUUCUUUCAGUGUUAGAAUAUAUGUCUCAGUAGUAAAUUAACAGGGCAUUUGAAUUCCAUCUCAAACUGGACUGUUUAAAUGUGCAACUUACCAAUUUU